GCGCUGAGCCGCCCGGCGUCGCCAGACUGCGUCAGUCCGCCGCGCGCGCUGCUGACGCCGCACUUGCAGUCGCUAUCGACCGCGCUUCCCCACCGGCCGGAUUCUCCACACAACACGGCGCGCCAUGAACUCGCUGGGGCCUUCAAUCGCCCAGCUGCUCAGCGCCACCGACCCGGACAAGGUGGGCGAGCCCGAUCCUGCGGAGAAGGCCAAGCCUGGGGAACGGCUGUACCCCAACUGCGACACGUCGGUGUGGCUGAGGUCCUGCACGCACGAGGUCGAGCAACCGCUGGAGGGCACCGUCACAGGAACCAUCCCGCACUGGGUGAAGGGCACACUGCUUCGCAAUGGUCCCGGCAAGCUGCAAGUGGGCGAGAUGCGCUACAAACACCUGUUCGACUCUGCAGCGCUGUUGCACAGGUAUGCCAUCAGCGAUGGACAGGUGACAUACCAGUGUCGGUUCCUCAAGUCAAAAACUUACAAACGCAACUUGGCAGCACAGAGGAUUGUUGUCAGUGAGUUUGGAACUCCUGCUGUACCUGACCCAUGCCAGACCAUCUUCCAAAGAGUAGCAGCAGUAUUCAAUCCUGGAGAAACACUGACUGAUAAUGCCAUGAUCUCUGUCUAUCCUUUUGGAGAUGAGUUCUACACAUUCACGGAAUCACCUGUCAUACAUCGCAUUGAUCCUGCAACACUGGAUACCAUGGACAGGGUUAAUGUAGCAAAUUAUCUUAGCAUUGUGAACCAUACAUCUCACCCUUUGGUUAUGAAUGAUGGCACAGUAUACAAUAUUGGAAUGACACUUACUGCAUCGGGUCCUCAUUACUGUGUAAUGAAGUUUCCACCUCCUUGUGCUACUGAAGAUAAAAAAUGUGUGAACUCAUUUGAACAGGCUACAAUUGUUGGAACUAUUCCUUCAAGAUGGAGGUUACAUCCGUCCUAUAUGCACUCAUUUUCUGUGACUGAUAACUAUUUUGUCAUCCUGGAACAACCAUUAUCACUUUCAGUGCCUUCAUUUCUGAAGUGCCACUUCAAGAAUGAAGCAAUGAUAGGAGCUCUUCAGUGGUAUCCAGAUGAAAAGACUAACAUAUAUCUUAUGAACAGAAAAGACGGUACACUGGCACAUACUUUUGUGGCUGAAACAUUCUUCUACCUCCAUACAAUUAAUGCUUAUGAGUCUGAUGACCAUCUAGUCCUGGAUGUUUGUUGUUACAAAGAUGCAGAAGUUUUGAACUGUAUGUACGUUGAAGCUAUGGAGAACUGUCACGAUAAUCCAAAUUAUGCACAAAUGUUCAGAAGCCGUCCUCUAAGAUUUGUUCUUCCUUUGGGAAGUACAGAAAAAUGUGAUAACGAAAUUCAAGACAUAAAUGACAACAAGAAUGAAGAAAACUUAGUGAAACUCAAAGGCAGCAGAGCAUUUGCUUUCAAAUUACCAUGUGGAAACAUAUUAGUGAAACCAGAACUUCUGUGCAAUCUUGGAUGUGAGACACCUCAAAUCAAUAUUGCUGACUGUUUGGGAAAGCCCUACAGAUAUUUCUAUGCAAUAUCAGCUGAUGUUGACAUAGAAAAUCCAGGCUGUCUAAUUAAGACUGAUGCAGAGACACGUCAGACACAAAUCUGGUUUGAGAAAAAUGUUUUUCCAAGUGAACCAAUAUUUGUUCGGGAUCCAAAUGGGACAGAGGAAGAUGAUGGUGUAGUAUUAUCUGCUAUCAUUUGGGGUAAAGGAGAGGAGAAUAAAGCUGGCUUACUUGUAUUAGAUGCCAAAUCCUGGAAGGAAGUUGGGCGAGCAGUUUUUGAAACACCAGGACCUGUGCCCAAAAGUCUGCAUGGCUGGUUUACUGAUACAGUGACAUGAAGUCUUUUUUGUACCUGUUCUGUUUUCUACAAAUAAACAUUAAAAAUAAAUGUUAUAAUA